AUGAUUCAUCCACCGACUACAUUAGAUACACUUCCGUUUGAGAUGUUCAUGGGUGCAGUAGACCCUGCCACUCUUCCGGAACCCAAGGAUCAAAUCCCAACAGAAGAUGAGCUCCAGAGAGCAGCCGCCCGCAAGAGCAUGCCUGAAGCACACGCCUUUCAUCUCCUACAAGACUUUGAAUUCUGGGCGGAGCGGGUUUUGACCAAUACUGCUUGGGCUUAUUACCGAAGCGCCGCCGAUGAGGAACACACAUAUCAUGAAAACCGUGAAGCUUUUCGGCGGUAUUACUUUCGUCCCCGGCUCCUCCGCGACACCAGCAAUGGAACCACAACAACAACCUUCCUCGAGAUACCGACGACGCUGCCCAUUUUCAUUUCGCCCGCUGCCAUGGCAAAGCUUGGCCAUCCAUUGGGUGAAAUCAAUUUAACAAGGGCUGCUGGAAACGCUGGGAUUAUUCAAGUCAUAUCUUCAAACGCCAGCUGUAGUUUGGAAGAAAUGUUCGACGCACGGCAGGUACACCAGCAGUUGGUAUUUCAGCUUUACUUGAACAAGGAUCGCUCAGCUUCCAGAUCACUUCUUGAGAAAGUUGAAAGACUUGGUGCCAAAGCCAUCAUGUUCACAGUUGAUGUAUGCUGGGAAUCAAAGAGGACAAAAGAUGUGCAAACCAAGCUGAGCUCGAGCGGAAGUCGGAAUGCAAACAAUGUCCAGGCCCAAGGGGUCGCGCAAGCAAUCGGAGGGUAUCAAGAUCGCAAUCUGACGUGGAAGGACAUUGACUUUAUUCGUAGCGUCACCAAAAUACCAAUCAUUGUCAAAGGGAUCCAGUCACUUGAAGAUGUUGAGCUCUGUGUAGCUCAUGGUGCUCAAGGGGUUGUUCUUUCCAAUCAUGGUGGACGCCAGGCAGACUAUGCGCCAGCCCCCAUCGAUAUCUUGUACGAAAUACGAACAUAUCGUCCCGAUUUGUUUUCAAAGAUACAUAUCAUGAUAGACGGCGGUGUUCGUUCCGGGGCAGACGUGGUCAAGGCUCUGGCAUUGGGCGCCAAAGCUGUGGGCAUUGGGAGGCCAUUCUUAUAUGCCAAUGGCACUCAUGGAGAAGAAGGCUGCAAUCGUGUUAUAGAAAUUCUUCGCGAAGAGAUCACAAAUACCAUGCGCAAUAUUGGGGUGACCAAUAUAAAGGAGCUCACGCCUGAGCUCGUUGGCCCUGCUGGCCCCUGGGUGGGUGUCAACAGACCUUUGUACGCUCAAGACGUGGCAGGAUAA